AUGCUGGGAUCUCAAGGCCUCAAAGGCCCCAGUGCGGCAGCUGCGCUUGCCCGUCAGCGUAUGACUGCCACCGCCCGGUCUUCUCGGUCGAUUUCCACCUUCCGCUCCCAAACCCUGCGCGGAUCUAGUCAACGAGUCCAAUUGAAGUCACCGCUGUCUGGCACUGCCUCAUGGCGCAUCGCACCUGCUGUUGCCGGUCCGGCCGCGAUCCGAUUCAAUUCCACUUCCUCGAACCCAACACCCGCCGAAGUUACCCCCGAGGUCUCCGCAACCGACCCAUUGGCUGAUCUGACGGACGUCCAUGAUAUUACCGCUAUUCCAGAGCGCAUUGGAUACCUGAAAGAGCUUGGAUUGGACUACGGCUGGGGACCCUCAUCGCUCAUGCAAUGGCUAAUCGAGCACGUCCACAUCUACUCUGAUUUGCCUUGGUGGGCCAGUAUCGUGGCCGUCAGCGUCCUGAGUCGUGUGAUUCUAUUCAAGCCUGUUAUGGAUGCCUCCGAAAACGCCGCGAAAAUGACCAACGCCAAGCCCAAAAUUGACCCAAUUCGAACCAAGAUGAUGGCUUUGAUGCGCGAUGGAAAGCAGCACGAGGCACAGAUGGCCAAGGCCCAGUUGUCUCAAAUCCACGCGGACGAGGGAAUCACCUCGUGGAAGUCGUUCGUCCCCAUGUUGCAGAUUCCACUCGGUUACGGAUGUUUCCGUACCGUGCGCGGCAUGACCUCUCUGCCAGUGCCUGGCAUCGCGUCAGAGCAGGUGGCCUGGAUCAAUGAUCUCACUGUUGCUGACCCAGUCUUCAUUCUGCCUGCAAUUGCCGCUGGAAUGCUGGUUCUUACUCUCAAGAGAGGUGGUGAAACCGGUGCCAUGCCCAUGAUGGACUCUUCUAUGGGUAAAUCCAUCAUGUAUGGUCUUCCUGCCAUUUCCUUCACUUUCAUGUCCUUCAUGCCUGCCGCGCUUCAGCUUUACUUCGUGGCCUCCGGUGUAUUCGGUCUGACCCAAACCCACAUCAUUAACUCGCCUGCAUUCCGAAACUGGGCGGGCAUGACCAUUCCCAAAAAGGUGGUUCCUGCUGAUGGGCCAUCUGAAUCCGUCAAGAACAUCCAAAGCAAGGCCCUUCGUGUCACUUUGGAGCGGAUUGAGAGAGAGAAGGCUGCGGCAAAGAAAGCAUAUGAGCAAAGCCUCGCAAAACCGAAGGAAGAACCCCCAAAGGUCAGCUUCAUUGACCGCAUUCUGAGCCAAGGCAAGGACAUGGGCAAGAAUGUGUCCAAGGAAAUUGCCGAGAAGUUCGGAACCUCAAGCAUCGAGGAGCGAGAGCUCAAGGAGCAGAAGCGACGUGCGGGUGAAUAUGAAUCAGAGCGCAGGAACGAGGACGAGGCUUUGCGGGCGCAGCGCAACGAGGCCCGCCGACUGGAGCACAUGAAGAUCCUUGAGAAUGAGAAGAACAAGGCGAGCCAGUCUUGGAAGGCCAGCAGAGAAGGCUCUCGACGAGGAUGA